AUGAUUUCUCCACGACAACAGCAGGAGAACGUCAUCAAACAUGUGAAUGGCGUCAUUUCUGUGGAUGGCAAGGAGUACCCGAUGGCGGAGGAACUCGUUGCCACCGAGAACAUUAUCCAGCACCGCAUCAAGGCCGUCGCGAAGCAGCUCACUGACUUUUACAGGCCUCUAUUACACCGUGAUACACACAGCAGCAAAGGUCUGGCACCCAUUAGCGAUGAAAACCCACUUAUCAUUAUUUCUGUGCUGAAGGGCAGCUACAUCUUUACUGCCGAUAUGGUGCGUUACCUUGGGGACUAUGGACUGCCGCAUGUUGUGGAUUUUCUGCGGGUGUCCUCAUACAGCGGCACAAAAUGCACGAACGCGAUGCAACUGUUGGCAGAUAUACGGUUCAAGGAUUUGCGAGGCAAACACGUUCUCCUUCUUGAAGAUAUCUCCGACAGCGGAAAUACGCUGAGGUACAUCAUUGAUAAGAUUCAGCAGGAACAUCAUCCGGCCAGCUUGAAGGUCUGUGUGUUGGCUGACAAGCCUGCCGGCCGCCGCGUACAGGUGCAUCCGGACUUUGUCUGCCUGACCGUGCCCAACAAAUAUGUGAUUGGCUACGGCUUUGAGGUGAAUGACCGCUACCGUUGCUUUAGGCACAUCUUCACCCUCAAGCCGGAGGAGGCAACGCGGUACCCUUCGCAGCUGUAA